AUGAUGCGUCAACAUGAGCAACCAAACAGAAAGUCAGCUUGAAGAGAAACCAGCCAGAGCACAGUUUGGUUGUGUUGGGUUUUCCACGCCCAUUUCUUUCAGUUCCCUCUAUCUCUCUUCAGCCAUAAAGGUGUGUGUGAAGAUGUCGGAUCCCGAGAACACAACCCAGCCUCUCCUCAGGGCUCCCAGCCAGCAAACAGCAGUCGAUGUAGGAGCACCUGCACAGGGGGGCCGCUCCAGCCGGGCCUAUAAGGUGGCAGGUUUAACCGUGUUGGCCUGUGUCCUGGUCAUGAGCCAGGCAAUGAUCGCCUACUUCCUCCUCAGCCAGAGGAGUGACAUCAAAUCUCUGGAGGAGCAGAGCAACAACCUGAAGACAGAGCUGACGAAGGGGAGAUCUGUUUCUGUGCCAAUGCGGCUGCCCGUGCCCAUGAACGCCUUGCCCAGGCUGAUGGUGGACACUGUGGGCGAGGAGGAUUCCAUCACAAUCCCAGGAAAAACUGUCCCUCAGGAGGCCACCGACUGCCAGUUGGAGGCUGCUGGUGUGAAGGCUGUGCAGGUGCCAGGUUUCCGCCCUGAAUGUGAUGAGCGCGGCCUCUACCAGGCCCAGCAGUGCUACAUGUACCAGUGCUGGUGUGUGAACCCAGCCAACGGGGAACAGAUCCCUGGAUCCCAGAGGGAUGGACAGGCCAAAUGCAGCGCCACUGUCCUUACUGGCGGCCUGAGCAAAGUGUUUGCUGUGCCUAAUGUUGAUGUCUGAUACAGUGCUGAUGAAAUCUCCUCCAGAGACCAGCAACACGUCAACUUAUAAUCACCAACAUCUUUGUAGGUCUUGAUAAGUUAAUGGGAGUUCUAUAUACUGCUGAUAAAAUAGCAUAUUUUAAUCAUUUAUCUGUUUUCUAUCAUCAUAUCUUAUUAUCUGCAACCAUUAUUAUGUAGACAGAGAUGACCUUUGCUAUUGAUUACAUAACAUCUUUCAGUUUUAAAUGGCUAGUAAGAGUUAAGGAUUUUGAAAUGCUUUUGUUAUUGCUUUCCAGACUUAAAAAAAGAAAGUUCCUUUUGUUCAAAUUGUGUUGAAUGUCAGUUUUAUAAGAAGUAAUGGGAUGUUGGGAAAUUUGUAAAGAGCAGUGACUUACUUACUUAAAUAACAACACGAACUGAGUGGCGAUCCAGUUGAGUGUGGGCAGAGGGCAAUUAUUAAUAUAUUUGUUAUGAAGAGUAGAUUUUUGGCUGCCCUUUUACAUUAUGUUUUUAAAUUAUUUGAAUCAUGAACAUGGCGACUUGGUCUGUGAACGUCUGGCUAAAAUUCAAGGGUGAAACUCUGAUUAAAAGUAAUGUCACACAAUUGGGCACAAUCAGGAACAACUGAGACAAGUGUGAACUGUAUUUUCCUCAUUUAUUUGAACUACCCAAAUAAACCUGUUAAAGACA